GGCCCAGAGGCGAACGUUGGGGGCGGGGAUCGGUUGGAGCGGCAGAGAGGGGGUUGGGUGCAAGGAGGAGGAGGAGCAGCAGCAGCAGCAGCAGGUAGCCCGCCAAAGGCCGCCUACAGCCAGCUUCGAGAGAGCAUCGGGGCUGAGCCAUCAUGACAACCGCUUCUUUGAAAUGACCGACUGAUUCGAUGAUUUCCCGAGUGAAGCCGGCCAUUUCAUUGUGUUAGGUGAAGUCCCAUUCAUUUUUGGAGCGUCGGGAGGUAGGCCGCGCCUGAGGGAGGCGGCCGCCGAGCUCGAUUAAUGCGGCUUGUGGACAGCCUCGACUGACCCGGGGGGGGGGAAGAGAAAUAAAAACACUCUUCUUGUCGGAGGAAAAAAAAAAUCACCGGUGGAUAUUUAUUUAUUUUCGUCGAAAAUUCGGCUCGAUUAAGCACACGCUGGAGAUGGUGGAUGUGGAUUUCAGUGGCUGCGGUGCAUCUGGAGAUGGCAGCAGCAGCAGAAAGAUGCUGGAGCUGUCUGAGUCCGACUGCGCUGAGAUUGUUCCUCUGGAGCUCUACGAUUCAUCCAGGGCCAAGAUAGCCGCCAAUCUGGCGUGGAUCUUUUCCAAAGCGUAUGGAAUAGAUAAUAUCCCGGAGGAUUUAAGAGAUGCUUUCUACACUGACCAGUAUGACCAGGAACACAUUAAACCACCUGUCAUUAAGCUGCUGCUGUCGAGUGAACUCUAUUGUCGUGUCUGCAGCCUAAUUCUGAAAGGGGAUCAGGUGGCUGCAUUGCAGGGUCAUCAGCCUGUCAUUCAAGCAUUGUCUCGCAAAGGCAUUUAUGUCAUGGAAACUGAUGAUUUACCAGUUUCAGAAUCUGACCUCGUGCAGUCUCCAAUCAAAAUGAGUGCCCACAUGGCUUUGAUUGAUGCACUGAUGAUGGCUUAUACAGUAGAGAUGAUCAGCAUUGAAAAAGUAGUGGCCUCUGUGAAGCGUUUCUCUACAUUUAGUGCCUCAAAGGAAUUGCCGUAUGAUCUGGAAGAUGCCAUGGUGUUCUGGAUAAAUAAGGUGAACUUAAAAAUGAGAGAGAUUACCGAAAAGGAGUUUAAACUUAAACAGCAGAUUGUGGAAAGUCCAAGUCACCAAAAGUCUCCUUCAAAAUGGUAUUGGAAGCUGGUGCCCUAUAAUCUGAUGCAUGCCAUAGCACACCGCAUGUUGGAGCCAGAGGAAUAUGCUCGGGUGGUUCGUUAUCGACGCGAUCACCCCUUGAACAAGCAGUUGCCAUUUUUCCCUUUAAUGGAAGAUUUAAUGAGGGAUGUAUGUGAUGGCUGUUCACUUCUGGCAGUCAUUCAUUACUACUGCCCAGAACUCAUGAAGUUAGAAGACAUUUGUUUGAAAGAAGUGACUUCAAUUGCAGACAGCUUGUAUAAUAUUCAACUUCUCAUAGAUUUUUCGCAUCAUUACCUGAACAAAAGUUUCUAUCUGUCACUAGAAGACAUGUUGUACAGUCCUUUAGUACUGAAGCCUAACGUUAUGGUUUUCAUCGCUGAAUUAUUCUGGUGGUUUGAAGUUGUGAAGCCUGACUUUGUGCAACCACGGGAAGUUCAUGAAAUCAAAGAUGCUAAAACACUCCUACAACAGAAGAGCUCUCGCCCACCCCUUCCAAUUUCCAAUGCAACAAAGCGGAGCUUUAUGGUCAGCCCAGCCAAUGGUCCAGGUGAUUUGCCAACGUCUGUUUCACAGAGUAGCCCAGAAAUUGGAACCAGGUAUUGCCUGCAUCCUGAAGAAUUUGUUAAAGGAAGCCCUGCAUUCAGUCCUUCCCAUCCGCUAUUGCCUUUAAGACAGAGGCAGUACAAAUGUCCCCUAUCUAGUGAAGACAGCCCAGAUACUAGACAUCGUUCAAAUUCCCUAACUCGAGUUGAUGGGCAGCCAAGAGGUGCAGUGUUGGCCUGGCAAGAAAGGAAGCCAAGACCCUUGUCUCAGCCGACACCAUUUGCCCUUCAUUAUGCAACUGACAGUGAUGUAGAUGCUGGCUCUGGAGAUAGCAUCAGCCUGGCCAGGUCCAUUAGCAAAGACAGUCUUGCAUCCAAUAUAGUCAAUGUAACCCCAAAGCAUCAGUCUCAGCUACUGUCUCCACCUGCAGAAAGCAAUGGGAAAAGCUUGCUAAAGAAUGUUGACAUGGAUGAUGAGGAUGAUGAGGAACUUAUUGCAAUAAUUAAGUCAGAUGGAGAGCUGCUUAACAAUUCUGAUCUUGAGUUACAAAGUGUUUCGUCAAAAGUCACAAGUCAAACCUUGCCAUCAAAGUCUCCCAAAAGACUGCAAAAUGACAUUGAAGUAGCAAACCAAUCUGGUGGAUUCUUUUUAGAACCUUUAAUGCCUGCAGUCUUAAAACCAGCCAAGGAAAAUCUCCUCAUUGUUAACAAGUAUGAAGAAUGUGGAGAGCGAAGAUGCAGACCUUCCUCAACAAAGAGAAUAACAGAUGGACAGUUGCCUUCAACACGCAAAAAAGCAGAAAAUGUCAAUAUGGAGUCAGAUAUUAGCAGGACUUUCACUCCUAUAACCAGCUCUGACUUUAUUGUAGUGUCUGACUCAGCCAGUGAAAAGACACGGCGACAUCUUGAAGAAUCCGGAGUUUCCUUAAGUAAUUUUAGGCCUUUAGCUAGUAGUAGUGUUGAAGCUGCAACUCAGGGGGAAUCUGGGGGCUUCUUCCUUCAUACUGGUGAUCUUGAAGAAGGGUUGGAUGGUAUGUCAAUAAAUAAUGAAACCACUGUGGGAAACAGUAAACCGCAUGACACAACAUGGAUUAUGAAUAUGCAAGAUUCUGAUUCAGAAGUGCUAGAUAUGGAAGAGGCUGACCAAGACCUAGUUACUGAUGAGGAGGUCCAACAAGUCAGAAGUGGGUACAGUGGAGAAGAGGAGUCUAGAAAAUUGCAUCAUGAUAUGAAGGUGAAGGAACAUGAGGACAAGGAUGGUGCCAGUGGUCGUUCCAGUCCUUGUCUGAGUACAAUUUCACAAGCUAGCAGCACGUCCAUGACCAGUACCAGUAUUAGAAUGACCAACUUUGCUGAGCGUAAGCUACAAAGACUUAACAGUGCUGAGGCAAAAUCUAGUGCAAGUAGUUCUCAAAAGACCACUCCAGAUGGGUCAGAAUGUUGCCCUUUACCCAUGAUGACAUGGAGGCAGAAACGAGAACAGAGUCCCAAUAGACAGACCAAAGACAGUGCUCAGAUGCUGGCUUCCGAACUUGUGCAACUUCACAUGCAGCUUGAGGAGAAACGCAGAACAAUUGAAGCUCAGAAAAAGAAAAUGGAAGCACUCUCUGCCAGACAGCGGCUAAAAUUGGGCAAAGCUGCUUUCUUACAUAUUGUUAAAAAGGGGAAGAAUGAAGGGAUUCCUCAACCACUUAAGCCUGAAUACCUUGCAAAGGAAGCUGAGCUUCCAAGUAAUGAGGAAACUGUUGCUCUAGUAUGCCAGUCACCUAGAGCAGAUGAAGAUCUUGUGAACAAAGAAGCCAAAGAAGAUUACUUAAAACAGCUGGAAGAAGGAGGGGCGAAAGAUUUACGUGAGAAAAUCACAGAAAAUGAUAUCCAAGAAAGCAUUGCGGCAGUUAGGCAGCGAUGGUUAAAGGAAUCUUCACAGGCUGCUCAAGAUGUUGACAAGAACAAAGUGAAUUCUAAUGGUUUUGAGGAAGGCAUAGCAGAUGUUGAUAUGAACGAAUAUAAUCGGUCUAUUGAGAAACUUAACGAAACGCUGAGCAACCUUCAGUUCGAGAUGCACAAGCUUUCGCAGCAGCAAGAACUCUUGAUGAAGCUUAAGGACCAGGCACCAAUCACACCCCUACCAAAUGUUAAUCGCAAUCUGCAGGACCAAAAGUUCAGGCAAGCUGUACAGGUCGUGGAACCUCUAUCACCCACAGGGGGUAGUCUACCACAAGCUAUACGUAAACAGCCACGCAGCGCUCCAUUGAAAAGUCCUCGUUCAGCAAGGCCAACAGACUUAAAAGUGCCUCGGGAUUCUAAAAUGCAAGGCUCUUUUCGGAUUAUCACACCCACACACAAUGUUGAAACUCUACCCCAUCUACGACCGUCUCCAGGUAGUAAACCAUUAAAGUCUGAGAUUGAUGAUAAUACUGUUGAUGGUAGUGUUAGCACAGGAACUUCUACAGAGCAUAUGUCUGAAAGGACAAAGGAUGCUGAUGGCCUAAAGGAAGGUGAUGAAGGUAACCAGCGGACAUUGGUGCUUUCAACAACCCAAAAAGACAGUUAUAAUUAUUUCUAUGAACAAAUUAACACUGAGGCAGUAAUUAGCACCCCCAAAAAAGCUGAAUAUCCAUCACUUAUCUCUUCGGAUAGAUCAGGAAAGGAGAAUAUUCCUAUUGAGGAACAAACCAAAAACAAGGCAAACCUCAUUGAAGUGGAUAUCUCUGAACUGAAAGCACCAACAGAAGGCGAAACAUCUGAAAGUCAAGGCCUUUCCACCAGUCAUGUGAUCUGUGAAUCUGAUCAGAAGUCUGGAUUAGGCUUUUUCUUCAAGGAUGAUCAGAAAGCGGAAGAUGAGUUGGCAAAGAAACGGGCUGCAUUCCUUUUAAAACAGCAGCGCAAAGCAGAGGAAGCUCGCUUACGAAGACAGCAGCUGGAUGCUGAAAUAGAGCAGAAACGCGAUGAAGCAAGGCGCAAAGCUGAAGAAGACCGGAUUCGUAAAGAAGAGGAGAAAGCACGGAGAGAGUUGAUCAAACAGGAGUAUCUGCGGCGUAAACAACAACAAAUUCUUGAGGAACAAGGACUUGUUAAACCCAGGCCUAAAGUUAAGAAGCAGCGCCCAAAAUCAGUGCAUCGGGAGGAAUCUUCUAGCGAACCCCCAUCUCAAUAUCCUUCUACCCCUGAUAAUCUGAGCAGUGCUCAGUCUGGUUCCAGUCUCUCUCUCGCAUCAGCUACUACUACUGAGGCAGAAAGUGUGAACUCUGGUGGUGGAAGUGGUAGUGGUGGUUAUUCACAAAGGACAGAUUCUAUGGAAACAUUUUCGGUGUUGAGCAGAAAUCAGAGUAGAAACACAGAACGAGACUGGGAGAACACAUCCACAGCCUCAUCAAUUGCAUCAGUAGCUGAGUACACAGGUCCAAAACUAUUCAAGGAACCGAGCUCCAAGUCAAACAAAUCAAUAAUCCAUAAUGCUAUCUCUCACUGCUGCCUUGCAGGGAAAGUAAAUGAGACACAGAAAAACUCAAUACUUGAGGAGCUUGAGAAAUGCGAGGCUAACCAUUACAUCAUCUUGUUCCGUGAUGCGGGCUGCCAGUUUCGAGCACUUUAUGCUUAUUCCCCAGACUCUGAAGAGAUCCUGAAGUUAACUGGGACAGGGCCAAAAAACAUUAAUAAGAAGAUGAUCGACAAGCUUUACAAAUACAGCUCGGACAGAAAGCUGUUUAGCUUAAUACCUACAAAAACCAUGUCAGUCAGUGUGGACGCUAUCACAAUUCACAAUCACCUGUGGCAAGCCAAGCGGUCUGCAGUGCCAAAGAAGCAGUCAACUGGAAAAUGAAAUAAUUUUUUUGCUGAUUAAGUUUGAAGUUCUCAGAUGCCCUCCUCCUGCAAAGUAGUAGAUUGUGUGAAAUUCACAACUUUUCUAUUUGAUUUGGUGGCAAUUCCAUUUUGGGAGAGUUCAAAUCCCGUUAGAUUCCGUUACAGAUGAGAGAAUGGAGACUUUUUUAUUUGUCUAUGAAAUAUGAUGUAUUCUUCAAAGGGUGGAGUGAAUUGAUGGGCCAUUUUUCUGAAAGACGUUUGAUCUCUGGGUGCCAGGAUCUGGCAGUGCGUGACUGAACUCUGGCUUAACUUUCUUCACUGGUUACUCUGGCUUGUAGCAGUCUUUUCUUUGCAUGUGACAAGUUUCCUAACCAGUGGAUUCUUAAAAGUAUUUGUGGACAGUAGAUGUGAAAAUCCUCUUUGGCAUUAUCUUUCUUUUCCCCCCUAUUCCUCUGUGGAAUAGUGUCGUCAUGAAGAAUUAGUAAUGCGGCAGUUAAAUUUGGCUUGUGGUAUACUUGGAAUGAUGGGUUUUAUAACAUUACAUUUACUACAGUAUUGAUCUGAAAUCAAAACAACCUUUUUCCUGUAUUGGCAAAGGUAAUUCUGGUCUGACUUUGGCUUAACUGAGUGCAGCAAUUGAAUCAAUUUAAUAACUGCCACGGAACUGUGAUUGCUGACUUCCCGCAAUUCCAGAUACUCCUUAAUUUUCUCCUUGUACUCUUGCCGUUAACAGUGAUGGAUUGUGAGCUGUGCAUUUUAAGAUAGCAUCAUGAGUGAUUUUAACAGUAGCCAUAGUACUUUUGGCACAGCAAUCAUGCAGAAGUAUCUACGCAAACCACACAAGAUGGCAAGAUGAUGGUGGAUGCUGAGAAUUGAAAGUUUGAUUUAAUAAACAUGUAAAUUCGGCGCAUUUUAUAAGUACUGUCAUUUUAGACAAAGCCUGUAUUCUGCAGUAAUGAUUGGGUAUUAAUUGUUCAGUAAGGAAGAUUGUUGUAGAAGUAGAGUAUUACAACAGAGCACAUUGCUGUAUGAAGGCACACUGAGAGAUCACAAUCAAAAUUUAAUGCUUUUUAAUUGCAUCAUGCAUUCUGAAAAUCUUCCAUUCUCCCUCUCAUUUUCCAAUACAGUAUGAGCAGCAUGCUCUUGUAAGGGUAUACAUUCUGUUAAACCUCAGACCUUAUUUUCUUUUGGGAUUGCAGUAUUUAAUAUAUUUUUUGCACACUUAUUCUUUUGUGUGUCACCCUUGGCUAAUUUCUGCAUAAUGGACUUUCUCUCAGCAAGCAUUCAUGAAACACAGCUUUCUUUUCCUGUUCUGAAAUUUUUAACAUAACCUGUCAAAAGCUGCGUGUGUUCUGUUUAAAAUAAAAAAAAAUUUCUAUUAAGUGUAUAGUGGAAAAUAAUUUGACCGUUCUAUGUGUGGUCAUAGUGACGAUCCUUAAAGCUGCAUCUUUUUCCCCAUUACUAUGCAGCGUUGUGCCAUCAAUCAAUGGUGAUGACCUAAACAAAAUAAAUGUAAAGCUGCGUACACAGGGCAGGAUUUUGAAUUUCUCCUGAGCAUGUUCAUUGAGUCAGAGUCCCAUUGACAUAAAAAAGUUUCUGAAAUAGGAACUUAUUUUUUAAAAUAGAGGCUUUAUGGGUAAUCAUUGUAUUUAAUUGCUGCUGUCAAUAGACAAUUUCAUUUUUUAAACAUAUAAAGAAAAUAUACACUCCAAAGUUGAUUUGUUACAGAAAAGAUAGAGUUUGCAGUUGUAACGAAGUGCUGCAGUCAGGGUUAUGUGUGGGUUUACCUUCAUUGAGACACUCUGACUUGAAAUGGGGUCAGCUCCAUCUUGAGAGUCGGUUAAGUUUCUCCAGCAGAGAAAGCAACUUGUGGUUUACUGAAAUUGUUCUUAUGCAAAUUUUACAUUUCUGCUAUUUUAUUUUUUGUUAUUGGUUUAUAGGAAGAAAGUUAUUGUUAACUGGUUUUACCUUUGCUGUCCAUCUCUUACCACCCUUUUAAAAAUCUUUCUGGCUAUGCGCAAGCAAGUUGCAUAUGCUUACGCGCAGUUACUGAAUGUGAGAUGGAUUGUGUGCAUUUAAAAAUGUUCGAAUAGAAUUGAUGGAAACACCAUGGAGAAAUGUUAUAUGUAUAAAAAUAUAUAUCUGCAAGAAUUCUCAUUGGUCUGCCAGAAAUCUUAAUUUCUAAAAUGUGAAUGAAAUAGUGUCAAAUAAUCUUUUUUCCUUUUUAAAUUUGUGUUUAUGCAUUGCAUUUUUACAACCAAUUGCAAUGCAUCUGUUCAACCUGGUUAGUAAGGAAAUCAGCAAACAUUUGAUUUUGCUGAUGGUUUUUGGUGAGUGCGUGAUGCAGAGGACUGAAAUUGUGAUGAAUAAGUAUGGUGUAGCAAUACUUGAAAUAUUUAACUCUGAUUUAGUUGUUUCUUGAAGAAAAAAUGAUUAAAAACAUACAGGCUUUACGUUUCCUCUAAGUAGUUUUCUGUGUGGAGCCCCUUAUCUUGAAUGUGGGCCAGCACUAAGCUAGUUGCAUGUUUGAUGUGUAUUAAAGGGAUUCAUAUCUGUAUAACACGAAAGAGUAACUUAAGUAUUUAUACACAUUUUGAAUUCUCACUGCUUGUAUUUUAAUAGAUUUUAACUAUCGAAGGUAUUUAAUGUGUACCUUGAUUUCCUGUUGAUUUUUGGUACCAGAGAUGCAAAUUCAUCCAAGAAACUUUGCUGUAGAAGUGCAUGAAAUUUCUCAUUACAGUAAGAGUUUCCAGUUUUUUGACAGUUUUAUAAUAUUUAAUAAAAUGGAUGAAUAAUACUAGGGAGCAACUACUAUGUAGCUCAGUUAAAGUUCGCCUAUUAUUACAUCCUGAAUUCUUUCAGCGAUGUGUACAGAUCUUUACAUUUAAUUGUUCUUUAAAUUGAAAUGGGUAUAAAACAUAUGUUUUCAGUUGGUCAGCAUAGAAAAAUCUGGAUUCCUUCGUGUUGUGUGAAGUGAUUUUUGUUUUAGCAAGUGAAAUCCAUAGAAGGUAAAAUGCCUAUCUGUAAAGGCACUGUUUUAAAAAUUGGAUGUAUUAAGUGAUGUGCAUUACUUAUUGUACAUUGUUUCUUACAUUGGCAUUGAAAUAUUUAGAAAUUGACACCCAUAAGAUGUUUGGUGAUAUAUUGGUUACAUGCCUUCUCACGAUUAGGAUGUGGAUUUAAAUUUGGGUUAGGCUGAUAGAAUGCAAGUCUCUGCUGACCAGAGACUUCCCAAGUGAACUGAAUUGUGUUCAUAGCCUUAAUAACAUUGAAAAUGACUGGAUGAAACUUGUUAUUAAAUGCGUUGGUAUUAAAUAUUCAUCCUACAAAAUUUUUUUCCAAUUUUAGUUUUAUCUUGAAAGUUAAUUCAUCCUUUAUGUGAACUGUUUUCUCUUCUCUUCAGAAAGCUUACCAUCAAGAAAAUCCCAAUAGUAGAAAUAGAAAAUAUACACUGCUUCAACCACACUAUCAUAAGAUGGCUGUGCAGACAGCGUGAAGAUUAAAUGUCAUGCAGUGUGGCAAAUUUUUCUUUAUGGCAAGAAACUUUACUGCUACCAUUGUUGAAUAUGGGUCAUGAUAGGUUUAAUUAAAUUGCAGCUGAAAUGUUGCGUGUUACAAUACUAAAGCCUUUUAAGGCCCUUUAGGUAAAAUUACAACCGCUAUCAUUAUAAUGUAUGGAAGGGUUAGUAGUGUCAGGCUAUUUGGUGAUGCUGUGCAAUAUUCCAAAACCUUUUUUUUUCAUAUUAAGGAUGGCGAUAAUCCAGUAAUCAGUACGGUGUUAUUUACAGUCAGAUCAACUAUUAUGAUGGAAUUGUAGAAAUCUAAUUACACACUGCUGUUUUCUUUAUAACAAUUUUAAUAGUUAAGCUAGAUCCUUCAGAAAUAUCAGAAAUCUGAAAUUGGAACAGAAGAUAUUUGAAGUACUCAACAGGCUCACAAUGCUUGCAGAAACUAGAUCAUUUGGUGUUUGAUUGCAGACCUUUGGACCCAUCUGUAUUAGUCUGUUGAAAGAAUCUGUGCCUGAAACAUUUUUGUUAAACAUCAAGUACAUUUAAAUUUUAUUUGAUAUAUUCAUUAACGUGUGCUGGUAAAUUGUCUAUUGUUGUUCAUGGCCAGGCAACAAAAAUAAGUUGCUUCCACACAUGCAAUCUGGUGAGAAGGGGGAGAAUUUUCCUCAGUUGCACCUCGUGCCAGAAUCUACAUUGUUAGAGCUGAUUCUUCACAUGCAAAAUUUAAUUUCUAACCCUUUGCAGAAUCAGUUACGUGAUGCAGCACAAUUGUGAUCAGAAAUUGUGACAACUGUAUGCAUGUACACUUAGAGUAAAUUGAUACAUUUAGAGUAAAUAUACAUUUAGAGUAAGUGGAGACUUAAAUAUGCUGCAUGAAGCCAACAUUGAACAGCUAUUAGUUCCCUGUAACUUUUUUGUACUGUCAUGUUUCCUUGACAUGGGAGACUAGUUUAGAUUUUCUGAUCAUUGUGAAUGGUAGCCCAUUUAUUUUAAAUGAGAUAAUGUAGAUCAGAAAGUCCAGUCUUGUUUUGCUUUGUGUUUAUUGGGUAACUGUUUCAUUUUGUUACAUUUAGAAGGUAAUCACCUGUCCAUUCAAAUAUUUUGUGCUUUUUGAUUCCUUCGUAAGGUCCGUACAUUCAAUCUGAAUGGUUUUUAAACUUAGUUAUUUAUUAAGCUGAAUGACACCACUGAUCCCUCAGCGAUAGAAAUAUUAAAAAUGCCUUUAGUAAGUUGCAUGAAGUUUUUUCUUAAAGCAACCAAGUUUUAUUUCAGUAGUCUUGUAACUUUUUUUUGAAAAACAAAACUGGUUUGAUAGAGGUACAAGGGAUUGGGAAAACUGGCCAGUUGUGACUUUUUUCAGGUAUUUUCUAUUUUCAAAUAUCUUGUUGAAAAUGUUGAUGAUGAAUUAUAUUGCAAAUUAAAAUAUAGCCUGUCAAAUCAUGAACAGAAAGUACAGAGUCUUUGUACAAAAAAGAUUCCACCCUGUGCUGGUCAGCCAAUGUUUUGUUGCUCUAAACAUGUAAUGUAGAAACAGUGGGCAUUAAAAGUUUUGACAUUAACAUGCAAUCAUACCUCUUCCCUACCCACAUUACUGUUGUGAAAACUGUCCUCUAGAGCUAAACGUGCAGGCAGCAGUGCUUUUGAGAGAAUUGCUUAGUGUAAAGGAAGUGCAAUUAACUUAAUCUUUUGAAAGGGAAAUAUUUUCAAAGUCAGCACUUUUUAAAAUGGACCAUACUUAAAACAAGCUGUCGCAGUCCGAUGUAAUUGCGCACUGAUUACAGUUUACAUUGUAGUGAACUACAAAUAUUAGGAAAACCAGGUUGCACUGAUGCAUUUGGUGAAAUAAUCUCAAGGUGUUGACAAUGGAAUCUAGAGUUAAUAAAUGCAAGUUUGUCUUCCACUGCUUUUUAAAAAAUGUUUCUGUGUGUUUUUAAACCAGAAUGUGACAUGGAUUGAAAGUUUGCAAUAUGGUGCGGCCUUUUGUAAAUAAGCAUGUGGAUAACUGGUCUGUUGGAACUGUAAAUACCUAAGGAUGCUACCAAAUUAUUUUCUCAUGGUUUGAGUAUUGCUACACAGAUCAUAGUAAUGGCAUCAUUUUUUUCUUUUGUAAUAUUACCAUGCUUCCCAUCAUCACCUAAAUGUUCUGUCCACUUGUAUGUUUAACAUAUAAAACAUAUUUAUUUUGAAAAGUACUGAAAAGUUAAUAAAGAGCAGUGAACUGUA